CUGCAGGCUGACCCCGGAUGUGGUCCGCUCAGUGCGGCAAGCGCUGGGGGCCCUGCAGCAGCAGUAUCCAGAGGGGGAUGUCGAGGACGAGGAGGAGGGUGGUGACUGCGGCGGUGGCGGUAGUGGCGACCAGCAGGGGGAGCGCCUGGACCUGCUGUACCUGGACUGCACCUUCGCUGACCUGCCGCUGGAAUUCCCAAGUCGUGAGGAGGCGGUACGGCAAGCCGUACAGCUCAUUCGCCGCCGUACAACCCCCACCGCCCCAUGCAGCAGCAGCAGCAGCCGCCUCUCCCGCGUGUACCUGUCCAGUGACCUGCUGGGUACGGAGGCGCUGUGCGGGGUAGCGGGAGGGGAGUUCGGGCAGCCGCUGUACGUGUGUCCCCCGGAGCUACAUCGGGAGUACGGCUUUGCCAACGCCGAGCUGGUACGUCAGCGGCGAGAGGAGCUGUCGCUGCUGCUGCCCCAGCUGAGGUUGUCAGACGACCCGACCUGCCUCUUCCACUUGUGUGGAGUGCGGGACUUCGCACAUCGGGGCAGCAGGCAGCAGCAGCAGCAACCGGGUUGCCAGAAACAACGGAAACAGCAGCAGCAGCAACAACAGCGGAAAAGGCCCUUGUCGUACGAGGAGGAUGAGGAG